ACGGUUUCAGGCGUAAAUGGACCUUUGGUGAUCUUAGACGAUGUGAAGUUUCCAAAGUACGCCGAGAUCGUGCGUCUUACUCUUGCGGAUGGGACGCAACGCACAGGUCAAGUUUUGGAAGUGAGCGGUAAAAAGGCAGUCGUUCAAGUGUUCGAAGGCACUAGUGGUAUCGAUGCGAAAAACACUACAUGUGAAUUUACUGGUGAUAUUCUGAGAACUCCAGUAUCUGAAGACAUGUUAGGUCGUAUAUUUAAUGGUUCGGGAAAGCCCAAAGAUAAGGGGCCUUCUAUUCUAGCGGAGGAUUAUCUUGAUAUUCAGGGCCAGCCUAUCAAUCCCUGGUCGCGAAUAUAUCCAGAGGAAAUGAUUCAGACAGGAAUUUCCAGUAUUGAUGUGAUGAAUUNAAUUGCACGUGGUCAGAAAAUCCCCAUAUUCUCGGCUUCCGGUCUACCACACGACGAAAUCGCGGCGCAGAUUUGUCGCCAGGCUGGUUUAGUCAAGGUGACAAAUAAAAGUGUGAUGGAUUCUGAUGUGGAUAACUUCGCUAUUGUGUUUGCCGCUAUGGGUGUGAAUAUGGAAACUGCUCGAUUUUUCAUGCAGGACUUCAAAGAAAACGGGUCUAUGGAAAAUGUUUGUCUGUUUUUGAAUCUUGCCAACGAUCCGACAAUUGAACGCAUUAUCACACCACGUAUCGCGUUGACCACGGCAGAAUAUCUGGCCUACCAGUGUGAAAAGCACGUACUAGUCAUCUUAACAGACAUGAGUUCGUAUGCCGAAGCAUUACGUGAGGUCUCUGCAGCUCGGGAGGAAGUCCCCGGUCGUCGAGGUUUCCCAGGUUACAUGUAUACCGAUUUGGCUACAAUCUAUGAGCGUGCUGGACGUGUCGAGGGCCGAAACGGUUCAAUCACUCAGAUACCUAUUUUAACGAUGCCUAACGACGAUAUUACUCAUCCCAUUCCCGAUUUAACCGGCUACAUUACCGAGGGUCAAAUCUAUGUAGAUCGUCAGUUGCACAACAGACAGAUCUACCCACCAAUUAAUGUACUUCCGUCAUUAUCCCGUCUGAUGAAAUCUGCUAUUGGAGCUGAUAUGACCCGGGAAGAUCACUCGGAUGUAUCGAAUCAGUUGCACAAGGAACGUACCUUGGCGUAG